CAUCGUUGGCGUCAGUGGGGGGGAAGAGUGCCCCAUCGUUGGCGUCAGUGGGGGGAAGAGUGCCCCAUCGUUGGCGUCAGUGGGGGGGAAGAGUGCCCCAUCGUUGGCGUCAGUGGGGGGGGGAGUGCCCCAUCAUUGGUGUCAGUGGGGGGGGAAGAGUGCACCAUCAUUGGUAUCAGUGGGAGGAAUAGUGCCCCAUCAUUGGUAUCAGGAGGAGGAAUAGUACCCCAUCAUUGGUGUCAGUGGGAGGAAUAGUACCCCAUCAUUGGUGUCAGUGGGAGGAAUAGUGCCCCAUCAUUGGUGUCAGUGGGAGGAAUAGUGCCCCAUCAUUGGUGUCAGUGGGAAGAAUAGUGCCCCAUCAUUGGUGUCAGUGGGAAGAAUAGUGCCCCAUCAUCAUUGGUGUCAGUGGGAGGAAUAGUGCCUCAUCAUUGGUGUCAGUGUGGGAGGAAUAGUGCCCCAUCAUUGGUGUCAGUGGGAGGAAAUAGUGCCCCAUCAUUGGUGUCAGUGGGAGGAAUAGUGCCCCAUCAUUGGUGUCAGUGGGAGGAAUAGUGCCCCAUCAUUGGUGUCAGUGGGAGGAAUAGUGCCCCAUCAUUGGUGUCAGUGGGAGGGAAUAG